CUUAUUGUUAGACUCGUAAAUGAGAAGAUUCAAAAAAUAAAAGCAAAGCUCGAAACAAACUGGAUAGAUCUUACCUCGUUGAUCUAAAUUUGGCUCAGUCACACGACAUUGGUUAACAGUAUUCUGUUGAGUCACAUCUAGCUGCAAUUCCGUUCUUCGGGUUGGAGAAAUGACCCAAUUGGCCGCACCGAUAGCACGUAAGAUUUGGAUUUUCACGCUGCGGUUACGCCUCUCCAUCUUGUCGCAUUUUACUUCGGCAUUCAGCAAUUCGAUGUCCCGGCCUUGAACAGAUGUGGCAUACAACUGGCGAUGACUUAUGGUUCUUCUGGUUAGGUCCAAAGUUGUCACCUCGAGCAUGUCGCUUCUUGUCGAACGCAAACGCUUUUAACUCCGCCUGUAGCUUACUUCUGGUACGCAAGUUGGAUGUGAAGGAACGCGUUGCAAACGACUGUCAAUGUUUGCCAUAUGCGCAAGAACAGUUGUAACGGCAAUAAUAUUCCCAUAUUUCGCCAACUAUUGGUAAGUAACCAAUAUAAUGGAUAACUUUUAAUCAUAAUCUAAUCCAUUGAUUGUGUAACUUCGAUGGCACCACUUUGUCGCGGCGCAAGGAUAUGGGCGUGGUGCAGAGCGCUUUUCAUCCAGGCAUCAUCGCUGAGCCGUUAAAGCAGGCUAAUCGUUACCGCUACCUGAUAUUCUACGACGAUGGCUACACCCGGUACGUUCCGCACCGGGAUGUCCGGCUAGUUUGCCAGGCUUCCGAGAAAGUGUGGGAGGACGUGCACGCCGCGUCGCGCGAUUUCAUACAGAAGUACGUGGAGAAGUACUCCGUGGAUCGUCCCGUGGUGCAAUGCACCCGGGGCCAAAGCAUGAACACUGAAUCAAACGGCACCUGGCUGUACGCGCGCGUCAUUGACAUCGACUGCAGCCUGGUGUUCAUGCAGUUUGAGGGAGACAAAAACCACACGGAGAGGAUAUACAGGGGUUCAUUGCGUUUGGGUCCUGUCUUCAGGAAAACCCAGAACACCAUGAAUAGUUCAAGCUCACAGCAGAUACGUGUCCCAAGACGCACGGAGCCCUUUAUCCGAUACACCAAGGAGAUGGAGUCCAGCAGCAAAGUUAACCAGCAAAUGCGGGCCUUUGCCCUCAAGAGCAGCGCUUCCGGGCCAAGUGUCGCAUUAGCGGCAGCUGUAUCUUCAUCAGCCAGCUCUGCCGGAGAACGCACCAAUGCAGCCGGUGCCAGCACAAGUAAUAGCGUCGUCACCAAACGACUCGCAUAUACUGCGUAACAUUCGGCGCCACGCGGGCGGCUGUUGAGUAAAUUCAAAAACGUAGCGGCCGGCGUCUCUUCGUUUUCAAAGCGCUGCAGAAAUAAUUCCUGGAAUUCUCGCCAAGUCAUACCAUGGUACGAAAUUUGUGUAAGCCACUGAGAUGCACUUCCCUCCAUGCAGUUGCUAAGUGCCAUGAUCAAUUUACUUCCUUGAAGGGGGUGCUCAGACAGAAUUAUAUCGGUUGUUGAACACCACUUUGCUGCCUCGACGCAUGCAUCAUCAGGGUUAAAUUUGGGUAGCUUAACUUCAUAGCUAGGUUGCUGCUCGCGUGCCGGCGUCACUUGCAUGAUUUUUACAAGUUUAGCCAAAUUCCGAUUUUGCAUUUCGACCACUGCACGCCACUGCUCCUCAGAAAAUGCUGAAUGUGGCACAGAUCCCACUUCUGAUGUCGGAUUAUUAAUGUCAGGAGCCUCGUCGUCCGCCCGUUCGUCCAUUUCGGCGUCACUCAUAAUGAUCUACACUACGCAAUUUUUAAAGCUGAGCGCAUUUAGCGAGUCCGCUUGCGUCUACUUUGGCUUCUCAACGAUUAAUGUGCAGUUUCG